AUGCGCUUCUCUAUCAUCAUGGCUACCUUCCUCGCUAGCGUCGCUGUCGCUAUGCCCGAUCCUCUUCCCCAGGGCUACUCUGGACCCUGCGCCAAAGACAACUGUGGUGUUAGCGGCCGGGUAUGCUCAGGAGGCGCUAUCUGUGUGGGUUGGCCAAGCGUGGAUCCUGCCAAGAGGAAAGGAUGCACUUGCAGCAGUGGUUAG